CAACCCCUACAUCAUGGGCAUUGAUGCCACAUACUAGAUCAGGUUGCUUAGGGCUUCAUUCAACCUGGCCUUGAACUCUUCUGGGGAUGGGUCUCUGGAAAACCUGUUCCAGUGUCUCACUACCCUCUGAGUAAAGAAUUUCUUCCUAAGGUCUAAAUCUCUUAUCUUUUAAUUGUCUUUAGCAAACAGCCUGUUGAAAAGACUGCUGAUAUACUCAGCUUUUAGCAUGCUUAUGCAGACCCCCUUUCCCUGACUGAUUUUAUUGGACACAUUCCCUUUUCCCCCAUCCCCAUAAUGCAUUUCUCCUGUGCAUCCUCUGGGCCUGCCAGUUUAGAGCAAAAAGUCCCCCCUGAGGUUUGCUGCAGUGUCAUUCCUGCAGCAUCUCCUGCUCCUGGAGGUGAUGCUUCUCUGAGCAGCAGGAGUGCAGGGCGCUUGUGAGUAGGGUUGUGGUUUGGAUGACUGAGGGGCAGCCCCAGCCCCUGUCCCAUGGCUGGGCACCUGGUAUGGCAAUGCCUUGGUGGUCAUGUGAAAAUCUGGCAGGACCGGUGAGCCAGGGUUGUGGGGCAGAGCUGGGACAGGUCUGGUUUCCGGGACAUCUCCUCCCACGGCUACGUCAGCCAUCAGGCACUGGCAGUAUUGCUUCCCGCUUCUGACACCACACCAAAUUUACGUGGUGAUAAGGCAGGUUUUGGGCAGACUUUGCUGAACUGGCAGCAAGGGAAGAACUUUACAAGCAUAAAUUUAAUGCAACAGGGAUGCCCGUGAAAUUGCUCCUGGCUAUGUGCCUAGUGCUUGGCACUUGGGGGAUGAAGCCACUCAAGCAGUAUUCCCUUACCCUGUCUGUCCUCCCUGAUGUGUUGGAGCAGAGCAUUCCUGUUCAUCACCACUGCUGCAUACAUUUUCAAAGCCCUCACGUGGUGCAUGCCCUGUGGGACAGUGAGCUGGGCUCUCCAAGUACAGAGCUCACCAGGAAUGGAUACAGUACUGCACCCAUCCCAUUGCAAGUGUCCAUUCUCUUGCGCUAAGUGCCUGCAGCCACACAGUCCAGCCCAGCAGGGAUAACUUGGAGAAGUGAAUUUCCCAGUGCACAGAGCUGGGCAAGGAUGCCCAUCAACUUCUCGCAGGCAGGAGGGCAGGUUUUGCUUCCUGGUCCAGCAGGGAGUUCCCUACUGGCUUUUCGCCUGCAUGAACACUGCUUGGGUCAGCGGUGAGGUGGGGCUGACGGAGCUGCUGAGGCCACCCGGUUCCUGAGCUGGCAAAGCAGACUUUCCUGUUUCGGCUGUGCAGUGCAGUCACCAUCCCUUCUGCACCCUCGGCUCCACGCCCAGUGGGGUCCCAUCUCACCCCACAGCAUGUCCCUGCCACGCAUGGUGGCUUGACCUGGAUCCUGCACAGCAGGGAAGGGAGACUGAAGCUGAGAAAGAUACUUGUUGGUCACGCCAGCCAUGGCAGUGGCAGCCAGGAUAGUCAGGACUACGACCUCCCCGCAUGCCAGCAUCACCACCACGGCUUGGCCAGGCUUCUUGGACAGCUGGCUUAGCCGGAUCCCAUUACCCAAAUGGGCGCUCAUCACCGUGGCUGUGGCAGGGGCCAUUCUCCUCCUCCUCUUCCUUAUCUGCAUCAUCAGGUGCUGCUGUGGCAAGAAAAAGCCCAAGAAGAAGGAGAGAAUCAGCUUGUGCCCCGUCAGCAACUCAACCACAGCCAGCCUCGUCCAGCCUGAGAUGGAGGACCUGGAGCAAGGAGUGGAGCAGAUGCGUCGAGGAAAGCUGCAGUACUCCCUGGAGUACAACUUCCGCACACAGGAGCUGAAAGUUGGUGUGAAGCAGGCAGUUGAGCUAAAGGCCAUGGACAGUGGAGGCACAUCCGAUCCAUAUGUAAUCGUCUACCUAACAUCUGAUAUGAAGAAGAGAUACGAGACCAAGGUUUACCGCAAGACCCUGAACCCCAUCUUCAACGAGAGCUUUACUUUCCAGGUACCCCAGGCAGAGGUGCCUGAAUGCACACUGGUGAUGCAGAUUUAUGACUUCAACCGCUUUGCCAAGCAUGACAUCAUUGGUGAGGUCCGGCUGCCCCUGGCCAGUGUCAACCUGCAGCACGUUAUCGAGCAGUGGAGUGAACUGGCGGCGGCCAGUAAAGUGGAGGAAGAGCAGCUGGGUGAGAUCUGCUUCUCACUGCGCUAUGUCCCCAACACUGGCAAGCUGACGGUGCUCAUCCUGGAAGCCAGGAAGCUGAAGCGAAUGGACUCUCAUGGACUCUCAGAUCCUUUUGUCAAGGUGCAUCUCAUCCUGAACAGGAAGAAAUGGAAGAAGAAGAAGACAAGUGUGAAGAAAAACACCUUAAGCCCUUACUUCAAUGAGGUGUUUGUUUUUGAGGUGCCUUUCAAUCAGAUCCAGAAUGUAGAUGUGGUCAUCUCCGUCUGGGAUCACGACAAAGUGACCAAGAAUGAGCCCAUCGGCAAACUCUUCCUGGGCUGUCGAGCCACAGGCAACCAGCUGCGGCACUGGUCCGACAUGCUGUCCAACCCACGCCGGCCUCUCGCCCAGUGGCACAUCCUGCAGCCCCCCGAUGUGGUUGACAAAGCCCUGGGACUGAAGUCUCACCUCAAGCUGCCCCUGGCCUCCAGAUAGUGGGGGUCUCCUUCUCCACCCAUGGAGCAGGAUGGUGGGCUUGUGGAGGAGAGAGCGGCUUCUGCUCAGCAACAUCUUGCUCCCAGCUCAGUGUCAGCAAAGAGGGGACUGGGACUCCUUUUGGCUAAGAGAUGAUCUGUCUGCUGGUGCAGUUCAUGCCCUGUGUAAUGCCUGGGGUGGGGCAGCUUGGUAUCCCAGGGCAAUGCUGGACAUGGAGCAGAGGAUGCUAGAGGAGAUGGCAUGGGCACAGGAGCCAGCUCACCUCAACUGCUCAUGGGCCGGGGGCAAAAAAUACACAGAGCUUCAGGCUCAUGCAAAAACACUGAGUCCAUUGAUAUUUAUAAAGCAGAGGAUUAACUUUAUGGUGGCAUGGGUGGGAAGUUU